CCUCCCUCCCAUGGAUUUACUUGGACAAGUUGGAAUUAGUCCAGAUGACUUUAGUCUAUUCGAUUGCAGAGAAAGACCAUGGCCUCUUGAAAACUGUGUCAUCAAUUGAGAAGCAUCCACCCUUCCCUUUCUGCGCUGGUGCCCGAAACUUUCCCAGCAAUCUUAUUACCAGUCUGUUCGCUGCUGACUUGCAACCCCUUACUAAUCUCGCCAGCGUUUGAGCUGUCUCUAUCUGUUGCGAUUAUAUCGAAUCAAACCCUCUGGACAGCCAAGGGACUACGAACAUUUGUAAGGGAGGGCAACCAGCUCGGAACAAACCAGUAGUGCCACUCGGGUUGUUUCGGAGUAGCGGACAUUGCUCCCUGAAAAAGAAAGACACCGCUAAACCGAGUCUCAGUCUUAAGAGAGGCGGAGGAUCAACAUCAUUUUGACAGGAAUCAAUAUGCACUCCAGACGGUUCCCAGGGCCUCCCUCCACGCGUCUUGCCCCUCCCCCGCCACUUUAUUCUUGGUCGGACGAAAGAGAAAAAAAAAAAUCGCGUGAAAAGAGGGUCAAAAGAACUGCAAGGAAAAGGAAAGAAAAGAAUGAGGAGAAACGAAAAGACGGUGACUGGCAUGAAAUGGAUUGGAAGGUCAACGCACUUCACACAGGCGGUGACAACCGUGACGGGCCGUCGAUUCCGUCCCUCUCUCCCUGGCGCCAUCCACCAACGUUCGACGGUUUGGUAGACUACGCAUGAUUAACGGAGCACAUCGGAUUUCCGCGACUUUCAACUUGGAUUGAGACAGGAAGGACGCAAACCUGAGACGUUGAUGUUCCUACGACCCGUCCGUCCCAUUAACGAUCAUGACAGCUGCUAUCCCUGAUAUUGCCAAGCGAAACGCCGUAGCCUACGCCAUACCCAUCGCCGUGUUUUGCCUCGGUCUGUCACCCCAUUUGUUUGCACCGUGUCGCCCUCGAC